UGAAUUGGCUAAACUUGGAUUAGAAGCAGCUAAAAAGAUAAUGGAAAGAGCAAAACUUGCUUUGGAGGCUGUUAAGGAAGUAGUGAAAUUAGGUGUUUCUGCUUUAAACUUUGUGAUUGAAUAUGGAAUAGAGAGUACCAUUGAUGUGCGAAAUUGCGGAUUUGAAGUAACACUUUCAACGCAUGAUUUAGCCGUGUUUGAUGUCCACUGUGAUGUGAACGCUUUUAAAACUGGAUUCAUAACCAUCAGACUACGCAUCAAUUUUAAGGACAUUUUUCAAAGUAUGUGGUAUGCGGCCAAAGCAACAAUUACAUCUAUACUAAAUUCUAUCGGAAGCCUCGGACGCAACCGACGAUCUGUUGAAUAUGAUUCGCUGAAUGUGUUGUACAAGCAUUAUCGAAAAAAAAGAGAUACCCAUGUUAAUGCCACGGAAACGUUUUACAAUGAAACCAUUGACAUCAUCGCUGAUACACUUGGCUUUACAAAUAAUCAGACGGACAGAGAAUAUGAUAUAAGGACCGAAAUUUUCUAUCAAAACUGUAUCAAGUUCAAAAGCAUUCAUAGUUUUCUGUUGGACACUGCUUGACAUGGCAAACGGAACUGCAAGCACCGUGAUUAAUUCGACAUUUAUACAGGACGAUAUUCAGGGAUCAACAGAUAAGCAAUCACUAGUAAAUGCCUCGUUAACGGACAUAGGAAUUGAUUCAACCUUUGCCAUGACUGAGUUCAAUAUAAGCCUUACUGAAAUUACAGAAGCCAUCGACUCAGCUAAAGAAAAAUUGUCUAGCGAUUUUUUUUUAUCGGAUGUGGAAAGAUUUUCUAGAGAUGCGGCUUCAAUGCUUCAAAAUCAAACAGAUGAUGUCAAUAACAUAGAAAUUGUUAGUUAUUGGGUAAUCGCCAUGGAAGAUGGAAUAAGCGAAUACUUCAGCUCAGACACAUGCGUCUCAUUCCUGGAUUGUGCACAUUACGCUGUCGCCUCACUAUAUGAAAUUGUUAUGCCAUCAACUGACUUGCUUAACAAAAACGACAUUUUGGAAAGUAUCUCAGCCUUUGAGGACAUAUUUCUAACAUUGACUAGUAACGAUUCACUGACAAUCCUGGAAGUAUACGAAAUGUCGGAAGGUCUUAUGGAUCACCUUGGUGCGAUAAAUGACGCCAACGUCUUCUGUUCUACUCCACCUGCCAGUAUGUAUCCUCUUAAAAACCAAACAGCAGUAGCAGGGCAAACGUUUCACCUUGUAUGCAACGCCACAGGAAGUCCUCCGCCUACCUUUAUCUGGUUUAAAAACGAUGAACAAAUCACCAACUCGUCGACAAAUAUGAUGUUGACCUUUCAUAAUGUGACUUCUUCGGAUGAAGGUAGUUACCACUGUGUAGCAUCCAACUUGGUCACUAGCCUUAUCAUGAUGCAGGCGUACAUCAAUGUGACAGAAAAAGAUGAAAUAUUUGACAUUUCAACCUUUACUCCAAACAUUGAAGAUGCGUUCCCACUGACAUUGGCGGUGAUUCUAACAACAGUUGCCCUUGUGUUAGCAGGACUUGUUGUUGCAUAUGCUGUAUGGCGCUACAGAAUAAUUACUUCAGAGUCAAGGCAAGAGUAUGACGUGGCUUUGACAGACUUUGAAGCGGUACAGGCAUAGCCAAUCCAGUGCUAUUGAUGAGUUCCAGUUGUGUUUGAUGCGAAUCGACAGACAUCAAAGAAUCAUUUGAUUAAUAAUCAAAGGAUCCAUUUAAAACCUACGAGAAAGUGCAAUGCCGUCGAAAGUGAUAGCGAUUGACUAACGAACUUUACUCAGUAUUGCUUUUUGCCUAAAUAUUGCAAAAACUUUUUUAUUAAUAUAACGUUAACAAAGCAUCCGAACAUUCACUUUCUUUAAUGUUGUUAAAAUGAUCGCAUAAGGGGAAUCGACACCUUGUAAAUACUCGUAAAAAUGUACCUUUGAUAAAAUGUUAGAUUGUUUAAGACUUGAACAUUCCUGAAACUAAUUCCUAUUUUUCAUAUUUGUUUUUUUGCAAGUUUUUUGAGAAUAGUAGAAAUAGUAUACUUGUAUAUAUGUGCAGUUUGAAUUGCUUAUUCAUUCGUAGAAGCGGUGUAUAUUUCAUUUAACUUCUAAACUAUCAUGCACUGUACUACUUAUUUACAUAAAAUAAAUCUCAUACUUUCAGGAAUAGUUAUGCCAAGUCCAUCAAUAUGUUUCUUUAUUACAGAUUUUAAAGUAUCUUAAAAAGGUCAUGUCGAAUAUGUUUGCCAUCAUUUGAUGUAAAUGAUGAUUGAUGUGUACUUAAGUUAACACCUGCAAGUACUGUUUUAAUCACCGCUUAUGAGUGUUAGUAAUGUAAUUCUGAGAAUAACCAUACAAGCUUUGUAUAUAUAUAUUUAUAUUUGUAACGCAUACUGAUGUUUUAUGUUUUAAAAGUUACGUAAUUAGAAGUGACCCGAUAUAGGAUAUACGGGUCGAUGCAAACCAUAUCGGGUGAGAGCGAAGCCCGAACUCAAUGGGUUUGUUUGCGCCCCAUACACCCCAUAUCGGGUCGCCUACUAACCCGAAACGUAUAUGUCACGUCAACAACCUGUUUUCAUCGAUCAAGACGCCAUCACUAUUGUAUAAAAUGUUUCAUAUAUUCAUCGGAAGCGGAAAUUAGACGCCAGAUUCGUAUGAUAUAAAGAUAAAUGACCUAAUAUGAGAAAAUAUGGGGUCACCGUUGUCAUUCAUAUUGGAGGCGUUAUAUAAAUAUAUUUUACUAUAAAUACAAUCACUCAUAUCAAUUGACAAUGUUUGAUAACUGUAUGAUUAAAGUGUAAGUUUUAAGAAAGUAAUUUCCUUUAUGAAAACAGGUUGUAGACAGUAAAUAGUUAAAAGUAAGUCUAUAAAUAUCUGUAUUUAUUUUUGUCAGAAUCGAAGUGUUGUUUAAUUGUAGAAAAGGGUUUGAAUGUUUGCAACGCAAUACAUAUGCUUGUAUAUUCACUGUUCAAUACAUCCCAAAAUUAAACUUAUUUUUUGUCAAAUUUAAUAUAGUUUAAAACGAAUAUAGU